UCCUUGUUACAGAAAGCUAUUUCGAAUCUCUUGCAACUCUGGAACAGUCAGCGCUAAGGUUCUGAAAUUUAGGCAUUGAUUAAAAGAAGUGAUUUUAAUUCUGGUACAGUCAGCGCUAAGGUCCUGAAAUUUGAGAAUCAAUAAAAAAAAGUGAUUUUAACUCUGGAACAGUCAACGCUAAGGUCCUGAAAGUUGGGCAUCGAUUAAAACAAGUGAUUAUUAGUGCUACAUGUGCAAAGUUUGAGCAAAAUUGGUUGAAUAGAUCUGGACAAAUUGAAUUUCAAAAAAGUCAGAGAUGUCAACUUGCUCUGGAUAGCGGAUAAAUAUUUUCAAGUGAUAGUCUUUUAAUGUAUGGUCCCGCCGUGGACUGCGGUCAGCCUACCUAAGUUACGAGGGUGCGCGGUAUCGGAGGAGAAACAAAUAAAACAUCAGUCAAAAUCAAAAGCGAAAAACCUGAGAAUAAAACUUUUUGGAAAAGAACAGUUAAACAAAGAAGCAAUUUGUUUCUAAAAUAAAUUUAAUCAAAUCUGCUGUUACUUUAAAGGCGAUUCAGGUAUAAUUUCCCAGGAACUGUUAAAAGAAGAACAAGGGAUCAAAGAACUGGGAUAAAAGAAAGGAAGAAUAGAAAGAGAAAAUACAUCUAAGAAUAUACCGAUGUUAAACAUAUCGAUGUCAUCCUCAUGCAACGGUACAUACCGUUGUAAACAUACAUCUACGGAUGACAUAAGAACAUAAAAAGAAGAAGAAAAAAAAUCAAAAGGUCGUGACUCUCAAAGGCGUCGCUAACAUUAAAAAAGGCGCAACUGAUUCGAACGCAAAAUCAAAAUAGAAAAGCGAUGCGCUGGCGAUUUGGAUAAGAAUGAAGAAGCUAAUGAUAAAAAAAAGAUAAAUAAAAUAUAAAAAAUUAAAUAAAAAAAAAAAGAGAUAAAUACAAAUUAAGUGGGUCAGAAAGCGACAAAAACCGGUUGGCUCACAAAUAGGGCACGAGUACUCCGAACCUACUAUGAGUGAAAUCUCUCUGCUUUUCUCUAUGAUAGUCUAGCCAUGACCGCCACUGACCCACAUACAAGCAGCAAGUGUGCCGAACCUCCAAAAGAACGUAUCAUUUGAUUCAAACCGGCAACGGAGAAAGCAUCUUCCAAACAGAAGAUCCAGAGAGGAGAGUCUAUCCUUUUUUUCCCUCGGCAGCGCUACGUUCUUGGGAGGAAGGGUCGUUGUCCUCUCGCUAUCGUUUGCUUUCAGUUGCAAUGAUAUCAUUACUAAUACAGCAAUAACUUCUCUAGCUAACCACACUGCUACCAUUGGAUAUUAAUUUCCAUUUUAUGUAUCAUUUAUAUUGUGUCUCAUAUUGCCGAAAGGAUUGUUUUUGUUUAUUGUGAGUGUUUUUGUUUACUGUUGGAACGAAACUUUGACUAUACGAGAAACUUUGUUUUGUGAACUCAAGUUAACUUUCUGAACUGAAAAAUUCAAGAAUGGGAAAGUGAAAAUUUAUGUUAAAGAGUUUCUCAAUCGCGAGGACUAUAUUCGCAAUGAUGCUUUAACAAAUUAUGAUACUGACUGCGUGGAUACGUACCAUGAGUUUAUUUCACGAUAUCAAGUUAAAACGAAGGAAAGUGACCGACAACCUCUCCAACAGUGACAGCGAAGUUAAUAACGAUGUCAUAACUUCAUCUCCCGAAAGUGUAAGUGCAGAAAUCAAUGCCAGAGAUACCGAUGGAGGGUCAUCAUCAAGUGGUUCAACCACUCAGACAUAUUUGUCUGAGGAUGGAGGAUCGCCUGCUUCUGGAUCUCCACCCCACUUAGAGGCCAUGUGCUCGGACAUGCCCGGUAAACAUUACGACCGAGAAAACAGUCCACCACUUGAACAAAACAACAAGUGUAAAAUAGGUCCAGAAAGUGAACACAUUGUGAACGGCAUUGUUGAAAGUCCCCAACACGAGCGUCGAAAUAGUGUAUUUGAUGGCGGAGGUGAUAGGAGCAAUGAGUUGGGCGAAGGCUUGGAUCUUAGGCGCAAUAGACGAGACAAUAGCAUGGAAGAUCAUACAAUGUCUGUAGUAAGAAUGAUGGGUAACAACAAUAUUUACAAAACACCAUUAGUUAUGGGAGAUAUACCAGGAAAUGGGCCAGGUAAGACAAUGCUGUGGGCCGCAAAUAACGAUCGAAUGUAUGAGAGCACAAAUUCAUCACCACCACAUGCAUUGGAAUCCUUGAAGCACUCACAGCAAUUAUCACCAACUUCAUGCUCUCCUCAAUCUCCUUUGCCACAAAUGUCUAUGUUAUCUUCUCCUGUUUCUGCGCCUGUAACAGUAAAUCCAGUGUAUCCAACUCCGAUUUACAGCAACUCUCAGUGUAAGCCUUCGAUUUUAAGGACCGUUAUGACUUAUACUCCAAACACUAAAGAUGUGAUGCUAGGGUAUGCCACUACCCCUGCACGAGCAACUUUCGGACGAGAGAGUAGUCCUGUCGGUUUUACACGAUAUUGGCCCACCAAUGGAUUGUCAAACGGUGAUCAUAAAACAUUGUCUCCACCUCGACAUCUGACUGAAUCACAAGCACUCAAUUUAACUGUUAAUGGAUCUUCUAAAAGUGAUGAUGAGAUUCAGCAUCCAACAGGAUCUUCAUCGGCAUUGUUAUUGUCUGUUACUCAAAAUGCUGUAUCUUCUGCAUCUGUUGUAUCAUCUGUAAACCAUGUUGGUGAUGAGGAAGAUGAUGAGCGAAUGGUCUGCAUGAUUUGUGAAGACAGGGCAACAGGUCUGCAUUAUGGCAUCAUCACAUGCGAAGGAUGCAAAGGUUUUUUCAAGAGAACGGUGCAAAAUAAGAGGGUGUACACAUGCGUAGCUGAUGGUCAUUGUGAAAUUACAAAAGCACAACGAAACCGAUGCCAAUAUUGCCGAUUUCAAAAAUGUCUAAGGCAGGGGAUGGUUCUUGCUGCUGUUCGAGAAGACCGCAUGCCAGGAGGUAGAAAUUCGGGGGCAGUGUACAACCUGUACAAGGUGAAAUACAAGAAGCACAAGAAAGGGCAAAAAAAUCAAAUGAGGCAAAUAGAUCCCCCAAAGGUUAAUAAUACUCAUCCACCAAACAAUAGUCCUGUUAUUCGUUAUCCUGCCUCACCACCAGAAUGGCCCAGUGGUCAAAUCUUGAAGGCUGCCCUUACAAGUCCUUGUGAUAUCAGGACAUUUCGGUGUAACUUGGACAGUUGGAUGACCUCUUCAAGAGCAAGACAGAUGACACCAGAGCAAGCGAUGAUUUAUAUCACGCAAUUGAUAGACUGCGAUAACUUCGAAGAUGUAGCUGUCUUAAAAAAUCUGGAUGAAUUCAAGCAAGUAAAGGCUGAAUUGAGCGACAAACUCUUUCAAAUUGGUGAUAUGAUUGUUUGCAAAUUAGUUCAGUGGACGAAAUGCUUACCAUUCUAUACAGAACUACCCGUCACCGUUCAUACACAGUUACUAUCGCACAAGUGGCAUGAAUUGCUAGUUCUGACAACAACAGCUUAUUGGGCUAUAAGAGCUAACAACAACAACACCAAUAUGGGAAACGCCAAUGGAUAUGCACUACCACAAAAUGGAUCUCCUAAACCAUCGAAAGAGGAACUUGACCAUGAAGUCAACAUAAGUCUAUGUGCUCUACAAGGUGCUUUGGGAAAGAUAGUCGGAGAGGAAAUAGUUCUUGAAAACAUCCAAAUGGAAGCUGGUUCACUUGUAGAGCAAUUAUCUCAGUUGACUAUCACUUUUCGAAAAUUACAUCUGUGUGUGGAGGAAUAUGUCUGCUUGAAAGUUGUGGCCAUGCUUAAUCAAGCUGGUUAUCAAGGACAACGAGAGAUUGAAAUAAUCCAAGAAAGAUAUUUGUCUGCCUUGAGAGUAUUUGUGGAAAAUCGAUUUCCUCAACAGUCUGGACGAAUGAGAGAACUUCUGUCACGCUUGCCAGAAAUACAAGCAGCAGCAGAAAUACUUCUCAACUCGAAGUUAUUUUUUGUUCCCUUAUUUCUCAAUACGAACUUUAUUGGAAGAUAACGAGAGGUAGCAGCGACCAUCUUAUCAACUGCCUCUCAACGUCCUGUGUCCAAAAUGUCCGGAAAUAUUCAACUUUACCGGACAAUAAGGGGUUUGUCAUUCCAGUUUAUGAAUGACAACAAUGUUCGACUAGUCAGAAGAGCGUUGGAGAAAACCCCAAAUUUAAAAUGACAAGAAAAUUAAAGUGUUUAAGAAAGAUGUCAACGAUGUGCAAUAGACUGAUGUAUGGACGUUGUGUACAGUAAUGGCAAAAUUUGUAACAAUUUCUUUUUGUGUUGUUUUUAAGCAUUAUAAAUUUGAGCCUAUUAAGGCGUCUUAUUGCUAUUGAUUUAUGAUUAAAAUAAAAUUUUUGUCUCAA